AUGUCAAUACCUUUGCAUUCACUGCAAUUCAACAAUAUGCAGAGGGAAGAACAUGUUGAACUCCCCAACGGGGGUACGAGCUUCUCUAGACCAACGGCAGAGAGCAGGUCCGAAGUGCAGAUUCCUCAUUCACGUGCACAGCUGCCUACAGCGUCAAAUUCAAUCUCAGAUCCUGGAGGAACAUCCACACAGCUGCGGGCAUCCCCAACGUUUGACACCAUAUCUGCCUCUAUCAUGGGAGCAGCAAACUCUGGAGCCGAAUCUCCACCACUCAUCUCAGCUUCAGAUUCUGGGACAUUGUCGCCGCUACUGAUGCCUUCCUCAGACUCUGGGACACUGUCCCCAUUGCUAAUGCUAACCUCAGAUUCUGGAACAUUGUCUCCGUUGCUGUCCAUUUCAGACUAUGGGUUGAUGUCCCCAGGUAUGAUGACAAUGCCUGACUUUGGAACAGUGCCUGCAGCACUACUGGCUGGAACUGAUUCUGCUGAGGGAUCACCAUUGGCCAUGCCGGCUGUGUCCUCUGAAGUGAUGUCUACACCUACCAUGAGCACAUCAUCUUCUGAGACAAUGUCUACACCAUCAGUGCUAGUUUCCGAUCCUGGAGAGCUAUCGCCACUCCUCUUUCCAGAUAUCAACCAUGGAGAGAUGUCCACCCAGCCAAUGCCAGCAUCAGACUCUGAGGCAAUGUCCCCAUUGCAAAUUACAGAUGAAGACACUGAAGCGAUGUCCAAGGUACUGAUGACGGCCCUUGUCUCUGGGGAGAUCUCUUCACUACUAAUGUCAGGAACAGACACGGAAGCGAUCUCCUCCCUGAUACUGUCAGCCCUUGCUUCUGGAGAAACACCCUCCCAGCCAGCGAGCACCCCAGACUCUGGGGUACUGUCAAACCCAGACUGUGGUGUACUGUCUUCAUUGCUCAUGCCACCUCCAGAGUCUGGAGCAAUGUCCUCGCCACUGCUGUCAGUGCCAGAGGCUGGAGAGAUGGGCACGUUAUCCCAGACUGUCCCAGACGCUGAAGCAGCAUCCCCAUUGCUGAUGACACCUCUGGCUGCUGGAGUGAUACCUACCCAAGUGAUGCCAAUCCCUGGCCCUGAAGGGAUGCCUCCGCAGUUGACACAGCAGCAAGACUCAGAAAUCAUGUCUACUCUACCAAUGAGUGUAACAGCACCCUUGCUGAUGGCCACACCACCAGUGAGAGCAUCUGACUCUGUGACAAUGUCUGUGCCACUCACUAUAACUCCAGCCUCUGGAAAUAUGUGUACAUCUCAUAACAGCAUCCUAGCCUCUGCAGCAAUGUCUACUCCACUGAUGACAGUCACCAACUCUCCAACAAUGACCGCAGAGCAAGUGCCAAGUGCAGACUCUAGAGUGAUGCCAACACAAUUACCCAUGGACCAAACUUCCAGGAGAAUGCCCACAAGCCAUAGGAAAGAUACAGCAAAGGGAGCAAAGACUACACAACGAAGGAAGAGGGCCGCAACCUCAGGAAUGGUGUCCAAAUCGCUAACGAAAGCCCCAGCUUCCAGAAUGAAGUCCAUACAGCCGGUAACAGCUGUAUCCUCUGAAAAAAUGUCUGUGUCACAAUUGGCAGCACCAGCUUCUGGACCAGUGUGCUUACUUCAAACGACAGCCCCUGUUUCUGGUUCCAUGUUCGUGUCGCAGAUGAAAACCACUGGCUCAGAGUUGACAUCUACGUCGCAAAACAGAGCCACUGUAUCAGGGGCAAAACUGACCCCAAUGAUGACAGCUGGAACCUCUGGGUCACCAGCCACACUGUUAACAAAAGCUCCAGCCACAAGUACAUCAUCUAAGGAGCCAAUGACUUCCACAGCCCCUGAAACCAUGCAGCUGCAACUGACAACAACGGCUUUUGAAACAACGUCCACACCAUUACAUAGAGACAUACCUCCUGGAAUUCUGUCCACACCACAAAUGGCAAACACAGCGGCUUCUGGAGGGAUGUCCAGACUGCUAAUGAGAGCCACAGCCUCUGAGGUAAUGUCCACAUCACACAUGACAGCCUCAGCUUCGGGAGCCACAUCCAUACCACUAAGGAGAGUUCCAGGCCCUGCGACAGGGCCCACAUCACUAAAGAGAGCCACAGCCUCUGGAAAGAUGCCAAGUCAGCUCAUGGGUACCCAAGAUUCUGGAGGGCUAUGCACGUCACUGGUGAGAGCCGUGACCUCUGCAGGCCUUCAGGUGAGGGCCCCGGCUUCUGUGGUGAUGUCCACACCAACAAUAAGAACACAGUCCUCUGGAGAAAUGUCCACAGCGCCAAGGAGACCCUUGGACUCUGAAGAGUUGUCUGCACUGCUCACGAGGAUGGCAUCACCAGGAGAGAUGUCCCUGCCACCAACAAGGCCCCUGGUGUCCAGAGACAUGGCCCUACCACCGAGGGCUCUGGCUUACGAAGCUGUGUGUGCUUUGCACACAAGAGCCACAGCCCCUGGAAUGAUGUCCCUGCCAGAAAUGGAGGCGCCGAUGUCAGGUGCAAUGUCUACUCCUCUAAUGAGAGCCCAAGGCUCUGGAACUCUGUGUAUGCCUCAGAUGCCAUUCUCCAGAGGGGUAUCCACACCAGAACUGCUCCCCAGAGCUUCUGGUGACACAUGCAUGUACGCAAUGCGAGAUCCAGCUACUGGAGGCAUGUCCCCGCCACUGGUAAGAGCUGUAGCCUCUGGAACUAUGUCCACACCACUCAGUAGACCCUCCAUCUCUGAAGGUGUGUCCCCAGAGUUUGCAAGCGCUUCAGCCACCGCCCAGAUGACAGCUAUGGCCUCUGGGGAACUGUCCCCCCAGCCAUUCAUGCGAACCACGGCCUCUGGGAUAACGUCUAUGCCUUUGAUGUCGUCCAUGGCUUCUGGAGAGAUGUCUACACUGCUGACAAACAGCCGGGCCUCUGGAGCCAUGUCUACAUCACACAGCGCAGACACAAGCUCUAGAUCUCCAUCCUUGCCACAGAUGACCUACAUAGCGUCUGGGGGCAUGGUCACACUGCCAAUGCCGGCCUUAGAUUGUGGAGAACUGUCCACAGCACCUUUGAGAGCCUCAGCUGAUGGGACUGUGUCCAUGCCACUACUGAGAACCCCUGCCCCUGCAGGAAUGCCCGCGCUGUUGUCUAGGGCCCCAGUGGCUGCAGCCCAUACCCAACCGCACAUGGCCUUAAGAAUGCCAUCCACUCUGAAAACCAAAGCCUCUGGUGAGGCAUUUGCCUCCCAAAUCAAUGACACAGCCUCUGGGUCGAGGUGCACACCACAAGGGACUGCCACGGCCCCCAAAGUAGCAAACGCCGAGCCCAAGGAAGUCCCAUCCUUUGGGAUGUUGACCCCAGCACUGUGUUACCUCUUAGAAGAGCAGGAAGCAGCACGUGGUUCGUGCUCUGAAGAGGAAGAGAUGGAGAUCGAUGAGGAGAAGCAAAUGAAGGAAUUUUUGGAUGAUUCAGAAAAAAUGGCGUUCCUGGUGUCUCUUCAACUAGGGGCAGCAGAGAGAUGGUCUAUCUUGCAGAUGGAGGUGGGAAACCCCCUCUCAGAGGAGAACAAGACUUUCCUGAGCAGGUCACAGGGUUUGUAUAACUCCCUAUCUGAGAUAGACAUUCUCCGUGCUAUUCUUUGCCAUCCUAAGCAGGACCAGAAGUCAGUCAGGCAGUAUGCCACAGACUUCCUGCUGCUUGCUCGGCAUCUAUCUUGGUCUGAUGCCAUUCUACAGACCAGGUUUCUGGAAGGACUCUCAGAAGCUGUUACCACCAAAAUGGGUCGGAUCUUCCUGAAGGUGGCUGGGAGCCUAAAGGAGCUGAUAGACAGGUCUCUCUACACUGAGUGCCAGCUGGCUGAAGAGAAGGAUUGCCCGGGCAAUUCAAGCCAGGUGCUGCCGACAACCUGCAAGAGGCAUAAUGAGGAGGCCAUGGAGAAUGAGCUGAGCGCUCAGCAGCAGACUGAAGAGCACCAGCAUGUUUCCAAACGCUGUUACUACUUGAAAGAGCAUGACGACCCCCAAGAGGGUCUUCACGACCACCUUCGACAGAGCACAGCUCAUCAGAAGGCCCCUACUAACAAGUAA